GGCCCCCGGGAUGAGGCCGGAGUUGGGGGAGCGUCCCGGGUCCCGGGCGCGUCGCGGUCUCGGGAGGCGCCGAGCGGAGCGCGGGUCAGGCGGGCCCCGUGCUCGGAGCGCCUCCCUCGCUCUCCGACUUUCUGGGACCUUUCCCGCGCACCCCGCCUCGCCCACCCGCGCACACAUGACAUGGCCCGGCCGGCGUGGCCCCAGAGAACCCCCACCCUCACUCUGGCCUCAGCCCACGCUGGGCCGGGGCAGAUCCGGGCUCGCUCUGGACUCGGGCCACGCGGGGGCGGCCUUGGCCUCUUCCCCCGCGUGUCCCAACCCGCUUCCUCGGUGCGAGUCUCCCAGGACUUCCCCACGGGCGGAGCGGGGCACGAGCGAGUUCCCCUGAGCGCCCCCGGGUCAGAACAGCCCAGGACAGAAGCGGGCAGAGGGGCGGGGGUUGGCGCUCUCCCCUCCCCGCUCCGCCCCUCCCACCCGCCUGCGAAGAGGGGAGACCGGGCCAGAAGGCAGGAUGGCCAGACGGGUGGGGACAGACAAGGGCCCCUUUCCUGGUCACCCUGGAGCAGUGGUCAGGGGCCAGGGUGGGGACAGGCCGAGUGAGGGAAGCCGCCUGGCCUCCCUGCUGACGGCCCGGGACCGGAGGAGGCGGCGGCCAGCGGUUGUUUGCUGUUCCCAGAGGGAGGGACUGGAUUUGGCCUGGAGAGCCGCUGGCCUGGCCGCGAGCCGAGGGGCUUCCUGCCGCCGCCGCCUCCCAGGAGCCCUCAGCCCUCCAUCCACCCCAGCGAGGGCUCCUGCCGGGGGUGCAGGGCGGGAGACAGCCCCGGGUCCUCCUGCCCACCCUGCUGCCAGGUUUGCCCCCAGCUGCCCUCCCGCUGGGUGGACAGUCCUAUGGACGAGGCGGAAAAAUGCGCUGCCAGCCUGGGCGGCCGGGCUCCUAGCAGGAAACAAAGGCGCUCAGACCCGCUGGCGGCCGUCCUGGCCGGAGGCGCUGGCGGCGGAGGGGGGGGCGGGAUCCUGCCCACCGCCCAGCAGGCUGCGCCCCAGCACCCCCUCCUCAGUAGCCGACACCUGAGUGUGAGCAGAGUGGGACGGGGAUACUGUGCCUUUGUGUGCCCAACAAUGGUGCGGCCGGCUGAGAAGGUGAGCUCGCUGGGCAAGGACUGGCACAAGUUCUGCCUGAAGUGUGAGCGCUGCAGCAAGACGCUGACGCCCGGGGGCCACGCCGAGCAUGACGGGAAGCCGUUCUGCCACAAGCCCUGCUACGCCACGCUGUUCGGACCCAAAGGUGUGAACAUCGGGGGUGCCGGCUCCUACAUCUACGAGAAGCCGGCUGUAGAGGGCCCGCAGGUCACUGGCCCCAUCGAGGUGCCCGUGGCCCGAGCUGAGGAGCGGAAGGCGAGUGGCCCCCCAAAGGGGCCCAGCAAAGCCUCCAGCUUCACCACCUUCACUGGGGAGCCCAACAUGUGUCCUCGCUGCAACAAGAGGGUCUACUUCGCCGAGAAGGUGACUUCUCUGGGCAAGGACUGGCACCGGCCGUGCCUGCGCUGUGAGCGCUGCGGGAAGACGCUGACCCCGGGCGGGCACGCGGAGCACGAUGGCCAGCCCUACUGCCACAAGCCCUGCUACGGAAUCCUCUUCGGACCCAAGGGAGUGAAUACUGGAGCUGUGGGCAGCUACAUCUACGACAGGGACCCGGAGGGCAAAGUCCAGCCCUAGGAUCCUGCCUGCCCAGGGCCCACUGCUGGGCCCCGGGGGGACCGUGCCCAGCGGCCCAGUCCUGCCUCAGUUGGUCCGGGCCCAAGUCCGGGGCCUGCGUGUUGGGGGAGGAGGCCGCCACCCAUGCCCCUAGAGGCGCCUGCCUGUGCCCGCACCGCGACCCCCUGGUGUGUCCUUGGGCCUCCUUGCCUGUGCGACCCACGUGUCUUCAGUCUGUCUCCUGGCCCCGCGUGUCCCCACGGGCCCGGGCGAGCCUCACGCUCCCCCUCCUGCUGCCCACGCCUCCCACUGUUAUUUAUCGCCCUUGGCCGGGCGGCCACACCACGCCCCGCGUGUCCCCGGACGGGCCCUCUGCUGUCUCCCACGCUCCUCCCAAGCACCGCCCACCACCCUCCCGUGGCUCACACGCAACGCAGACUUUUGCUCAAUAAAAUGUUUGAGGAUCGCUGGA